GUUGCUGCUGGGAGGGAGCCAAGCGCGGCUCAUUUCUCCCCCUCCUCCCCUAAGGUUUGUCCCUUGAGCUCCAGUCCACCCAGUGGUGGUUAUCUAGGGGGGGACGGGGGAAAAGUCACCCCGUCCUGCGCCCCUGUGUCAGCUCGCUCUACGAUAUUUAACACCUAACUGUGUAUUUUUUAUGAUUUGGGUAAUGCUGGUAAAAUACAGCAGCUGAUUUGAGCCAAGCAUGUAAAUGCACAGUUGGGCUCUGAGACAAGUGAAGCUAACACAAAAGUAAGAUCGGGGUAGGGGUGAGCUGAUCAACGAGAGAUUCCUGUCUUUUGGGAAUACUGUACUUGAGAAUGUGACCGGGCUAAGAAAACGGACAUAAACUGAUUAACAGUGGGGUCUGGGGAAAGCUCCUCCACGAAGACUCGGAGCAGGCUGAAGUGAGGAGGUGAUUGGCUCUGGGAGUCCGGCUGAAGCCAAAGGACUAAACUGCAGAGAUGGCUGACUCCGCCAAGGUGUUACGGCUUUUUAAAACCUUGCACAGGACUAGACAGCAAGUUUUUAAAAACGAUAGCAGAGCCUUAGAAGCAGCAAGAAAAAAGAUAAAUGAAGAAUUCAAAAAGAAUAUAAGUGUGACUUCACCAGAGGAAAUAGAAAAGUUGAUCAAGAUAGGUUCUGACGUUGAAUUAAUACUCAGAAAAUCUGUUAUACAGGGCAUUCACACAGAUCACAACACUUUGAAGUUAGUUCCUAGGAAAGACCUUCUUACAGAGAAUAAUCCUUACUGUGAUGCACCUGCCCAGAAGCCAUGAGUGGACAAUUUGUUGCAUAUUAACUUUUAAAUUAUUUUAGGUAAAGUUACUGAAAAAAUGACACCCUUUAUGCCUACAGACAGAAAAACAACAACUAGAAUGUGCAUCUUGAAUGCAUUUUACACUGGAAGGGCAUCAUUAGGAAAAGCUAAUUGUACAACAGAAUUAGAAUGCUUGACUACCUUUUACAUUGGAAAGACAUCAUUUGGGAAAGCUCAUUGUGGUUGAAUGUUUCUGAAGAAUAUUUGAUAAGAUGGUUCAUUUUCAUAGGAAAUCAGUCCAUAUAUUUUCUGUAAGUUGUACUCAGAUAUAUCAUACUGUGAAUUUGUUUUGUAUUUCUGUGAUUUUACUAUGUAUUGAGAAAAUGAAGUGUUUUAACAAAUUGACAUUUUCUGUUAAAUCUGGCUUGAAUUGUAUACUCCUCAAAGUGUUAAAUAUAAUCAGAAAUUUUAGUGUUUA